UGGAUUUACAAAACCACUUGUGUUUUUCUUGAAGGAGUGAGAGAGAAGAGGAGGAGACAGACAGGCAGACAGGCAGGGCUGGCCCAGUGCUGGUGUCUGGAGCUUCUCGACCCAGCAGUGACUGGCUCUGCUCCCGGGACAGGCAGCAUGCUGACAGCUGGAGACUGACCCACCAUGUCUACAUGGACCCCCCUUCCCAGCCUCCCUGCCCAGCCCAGCGCCUCCUCCCUCUGCCUGGUCUGGGUCUCCAUGCUCCUGCUGCUCCCAGCCUCCACCCUUGGGUUCUGCCUAGGCUCCCCGGGCCCCCUCGCCCCCCCGGGCCCCCUCGCCCCCCCGGGCCCUCUGGUCGGGGCGGCUACUCCUCCUGGCUGCUGGACCGAUGGGUUAGGGUUAGACGGCCGCGCAGCUACAACCACCUGGAAGGCGACGUGAGGCUCCGGAGACUCUACUCUGCAAACAGGUUCUUCCUCUGCAUCGACAAGGCCGGCAAGGUGGACGGAACACGCCGGAAAAACUAUGCAGAAAGUCUGCUGGAGAUCCGCUCGGUCAGUGUCGGGGUUGUGGCCAUCAAGUCUGUCAGCACCGGUCUGUACCUGGCCAUGUCCAAGAAAGGAACUCUCUUCGGCUCGGUGAAGUACAGCCCCAGCUGUAAGUUUAAGGAGCGGAUCGAGGAGAACGGUUACAACACGUACGCCUCAGUCCGCUGGAAACAUGGCGGCCGGCAGAUGUUCGUGUCUCUGAACGGCCGGGGGAAACCGAGGCGAGGCCACAAGGCCCGCAGGAGACACCCCUCCACCCACUUCCUCCCCAUGCUGCCUUCCUAGCUACGCCCCCUGCGCUGCUAUUGGUCACCCCUCCACCCACUUCCUCCCCAUGCUGCCUUCCUAGCUACGCCCCCUGCGCUGCUAUUGGUCACCCCUCCACCCACUUCCUCCCCAUGCUGCCUUCCUAGCUACGCCCCCUGCGCUGCUAUUGGUCACCCCUCCACCCACUUCCUCCCCAUGCUGCCUUCCUAGCUACGCCCCCUGCGCUGCUAUUGGUCACCCCUCCACCCACUUCCUCCCCAUGCUGCCUUCCUAGCUACGCCCCCUGCGCUGCUAUUGGUCAGCCCUCACACCCAGGCCUGCCCACCUCUGUUGUGGAUGUACAGUGAUGUUCAUAUUCGCCGUCUGUCUCUCUCUCCAGACCUCCCCCUCUCUGGAACACCCAAACUGUAACCCCUGACCCCUCAACACCACCCCGACUCUGACCCUACGGGGUGGGGUUCUCCAUGCUGGUCUGACCCCUGACCCAUCAGCACCCUGACUCUAGGGGGUAAUCCCUCCACCCACACAAUCUCCCACCCCUCCACCCCCGUCCUCUACCCCUCCAGUCCUCCAGUCCCCCAGUCCUCCAGUCCCCCAC